AAAAGGCAAAGCACAAAGCGGCGAAAAAAACAGGGCUUUUGUGCACCUUCUCUCCGCUUCCCUUUUGUCUCCUUUUCCCCACAUCCCGAGCUUUUUCUAGGAAUUGGGGUUAGGGUUUAGGGUUCAUGCCUCUCGCUCUCUCCACACCACGACGAAUCGAAGCAGAGCUCCAAUGGCCACGGGGCCCCGCACGGUCGCAGCCUCGAUCGGCGCGACUACCCCGUCUCCUUCCGCCUCCCUUCUCCGAAGCUUCUCCGGUCCAUGUACAAAACCCUAAAACCCCACCACCUUUUUUAUCAACAAAUUUUUGGCACAGUCUCACACCUUGUUGGUAUUCCGUACCCCAAUCUCGAGCUCGCGCCCCGAGAAUCUCUGGGUUUUACGAUGAGCCCUACUUUACGUUUCGGGCGAAGCUUCGGCGCUGCUUCGCCCGCAGAUCCCUCCUCAUCCGUUUCUCCCAUUUAUAGUAGUUACUAUUUUGAAGUGUGCGCGGCGGUUGAUUCGGUGGCCGUUACUGGGCUUAGGGUUUUGUUGUUUGGUUUAGCUCGUAAUGGAUCUGAAAAGGGCUUUGGAGGAGGAGGAAGAAGGGGGGAAGGGUGAGGGAUUGUUGGCUCGGGAAGCAAAGAGACGACGAACAUUUCUCAAUUCGAUGCGAGAAGUAAUGGGAGCACAGUACAUGCAGCGCCAUUUGUCAAAGAUGGAACCUUUUCUUCGCAAAGUGGUGCAAGAAGAGGUGGAGAAAGCUCUGUAUCGUCAUGUGCGUUUAGCUCCGAAAAUUCCUCAUCAGAUUAAGGCGGCUUCAAACAAAAGAUAUCGGCUGCAAUUCCAGGGUACUCUGCCCCAAACACUCUUCACAGGCAGCAAAAUAGAAACCGAGAACAAAAAACCAAUCCAAGUUUCAAUUUUUGAUUCGGCAUCAAACCGGAUAAUAUCAACCGGUCCUUCAUCGUCAAUCCAGAUCGAAAUUGUUGUUCUUGACGGUGAUUUUGGAACGGAUUCACAAUUGGGCUGGACUGAAAAGGAUUUCAGUGAAAAUAUUGUACGUGAAAGAGAGGGCAAAAGACCUUUACUCGCUGGGGAACUGGUAAUCACACUGAGCAAUGGGGUUGGUUUUAUUUGUGAUGCCACUUUUACUGAUAACUCCAGCUGGAUAAGAAGUCGAAAAUUCAGGCUAGGCGCGAGGGUCUGUCAAAAUAAUUCUGGAGUUGAAAGAGUACAUGAAGCAGUUAGUGAAGCUUUUUGUAUUAAGGAUCACCGAGGAGAGUUGUACAAGAAACAUCAUCCUCCAGCAUUGCUUGAUGAUGUGUGGCGGUUGGAAAAGAUAGGAAAAGAUGGAGUUUUUCAUAAAAAACUCGCAGACUUUGGGAUCAUUACUGUUCAAGACUUCCUGAGGAAUUUGGUGGUGGAUCAAGAUAGGCUUCGUCGGUUACUUGGCACUGGGAUGUCAAAUAAAAUGUGGGAAGCGACCACUGAGCAUGCUAGAGAGUGCAUUCUAGAAGACAAGCUAUACUCAUAUUGUAGUGAGCAGGGAGUUGUACUGCUGUUCAACUGUAUAUAUGAGCUUGUGGGAACAAUAAUGAAUGGCAACUGUUACAGUUUGGAUGAACUUACUGCAACUCAAAAGGUAUUGGCGAACAAGUUGCAGCAAGAUGCUUAUAGAUUUCCGGGCCAUAUACUUGAGUUCAAAGAACAAGUUGUUAACAAUAACGCGAGUCUACCAUCUCCAACUGAUGUGGUUACUAUGCCAAUGCCGAGCUUGAUGGACCAACAGAUUCCUCAUCCCGCUCCAUCCAUUCAAGGAAAUACAAUUUUAGAAGAUAUGUCCCAGUUGAGUGGGCAUGAUUCUUAUCCGCUCAAUUUGAGUUCCUUCCAAGCAAAUAGUUUGAAUGUGAGGGAUCUCUACGAAGAGUGGGGAAGCUUACAGCCUAGAGGAUUGGUCAACCCAAGCAUGGCAGGUGAGAAUGUGAAGAUGGGUUCUAAUUUUGAAGUAGAUAUGUUGAGCUCUUCUCCAUAUUGCUCGAUUUGGGAUCAUUGUAAUGGCUUCAUUCAGGUCUCGGGUGAUAAGAGUGCGCAUUAUGCUGCCCGUAGGAAGUGGGUUAAGCUGAUCGCGGUGCUAAAAUGGAUGGCGGUUUUAAGACGAUGCUCAGCGAGAAGAGCAGUUUUACUGAAUAGCAUUGCCUGGCAAUGGAAUUGAGAGUGUGGCGAACCUCUUCGCAAUGCUAACGAUCAGUUGGGCUUUGUUCCAAGGAGUUCAAAAGACGUCGAAAGCUAGAGCUCCCGCAAUUUGAAGUGACCCUGGAUCCAGUUAGUUCGAUGUUUAUAUGCUGUAGAUCUCCUAGGUGGUGGAGAAAUUCUGUUUUCAUGUUUCUUUUUCUUUUCGCCUUUUGUUUUAAGAUGUGGGCUUUUUCUCUAUCCAUUUUGUUUAUCCUUGUAUGUAAAAAUGUAUUGUUAUGUUUGUUUAUUUUCAUCGGCAUAAUAUUUGGUUCAUUUAUGUUUUCUCA